GAGCGCGCAGGGCGGAGCUUGGCGCUGGGCUCGCGAGCUGGCGGCUCCGGCUCGGUUCCAUUCGCUGGGUCGCGCUGGGCUCGGCGGAGGACGCGGGGAUUUAGCGCCGCUGCAGGUGCAGGAUGGCUGCUCGGCUGCCCGCGCUCCUGCCGCUGCUCCCGCUGCUUCUCCUCGGCCAGGGGCCGGCGGGGACCGUCUGCCGGCACGCGGAGCACUGGAACAGCUCCAACGCGCACCUGCACCAGGAGGGCUACACGGUGCAGGUGAACGUCAACGACUACCUGGACAUCUACUGCCCGCACUACAACGACUCGGUGCCCGUGCACAGGAUGGAGCAGUACGUGCUGUACAUGGUGAACGCCGAGGGCUACCGCACCUGCAACACGAGCCAGGGCUUCAAGCGCUGGGAAUGCAACCGGCCCCACGCACCCCACAACCCCAUCAAGUUCUCGGAGAAGUUCCAGCGGUACAGCGCCUUCUCGCUGGGCUACGAGUUCCAAGCCGGGCAGGAGUACUACUACAUCUCAGCCCCGACACACAAUCACCGCCGGGCCUGUCUAAAGAUGAAGGUGUUCGUGUGCUGCGCCUCCACCUCGCACUCCGGGGAGAAGUUGGUGCCCACCCUCCCGCAGUUCACCAUGGGGCCCGAGGUGAAGAUUGAGGACUUGGAUAACUUUAACCCCGAGAACCCCAAACUGGAGAAGAGCAUCAGCGGCACCAGCCCCAAGCGGGAACACUUGCCACUGGCCGUGGCCGCCGCGUUUUUCCUAAUGUCGCUCUUGGCCUCCUAGCCUGGCGUCGGCCGGCCGCGGGGGCCUGGGCCUGGCUCCACACAGCAGCUGCCCCCGCGCCCGGCGCUGGGACUCUGUCAGCGGCUGUUUGGAAAAGACAGAAGGGGGCAAGCCGGGGGGAAGCCGGGCCCCCCACCGCCCUGACACGGAACCGCGAGGUCCUGAUCUCUGCGCUGCUGCAGCCGGAGACCCACUUGAGCCCCCCCACCGUGGGGGGGUGCGGCAGCAGACGCCAGCCUGGGCACCGGAGGAUGUAGCCUGCCCUGGGAGCUGCUGCGUGAGGACAAGGAGGGAGUUUGCCCCCCUCACCUGCCUGAGCACGGGAUCUGCCCCCGGACUCCAGCGACUGGCUCCUGUGGGGACUCGGCUCAGCCCUUCUGGGAGUGGCGCAUCCUGCGUGGCGAGCCUCUGUGUCACAGCCCCCACCGCGUCCUGGCUGCCUCCUGCCCCCAUGGCAAAUGCACGGGGCGUCUGUGCUCACAGCCCCUCUGAGCCGUCCCAUUGCCUGGUGGCUCCACGUGGCUGGGCCGGGGGCUCUGUGGUGCCAGCCGGCCCUGGCCGUGGUUUGGGAUACCCAGGCUGCGGGCUCCCUCCAGACGCUUGGCUGGGUCCAUGUACCCUGCAAUGGACGUGCAGCGCCAGCCCCAGUGCGCGGGCUGUGGGGGGCAGGGCUCCCCAGGCCUGGGGGCUGUACAUACCUAUAUAGAGAGCUAUCCAUCCUGUACAGAGAGCGGCUAUUGAAAGAGAUCUGUCUAUAAGGCCCGUAGGCAGCAGCGCGGGCCCCGGACCGGCCUGUACAUAGUCAGAAAGCGUUGGAUUCUCCUUGUCUUCUGUGAAGACCCAACCUAUGCAAACGCACAGACACUUUUUGGGGGACAAAAAAGCAACUCGCCCUUUUUUUCAAGUGCUUUGGCUGGUGAUUUUCAUAUUCUGCUCUUAGUCUAUAAAAAAUAAAAGGAUUAAAAAA